AUGCACCCAACGUAUGAUUUUUUUCCUUCUCUUUUUUUUCAACAAUCAGAAUCUUUAUGCUGUCAACCUCGGCCUUAUUUUAAUUUCACUAAUAAUUCUGAUGAAAAUGACAAAUUAACAGAAGAACAUCAUGCUACUGUGGAGAGUGUAAAUGAUGCUGCAGAAGAAUCGGAUUCAUCAACAUCAUCUUAUAGUUGUCCAUUCUCUCAAGCUGUGAUUGAUUCAACUCAAAAUUGUGAUUGGAAUAAUGAAGCUCUUCAUAUGCGUCGUUAUGAUUCAGAAUUAAUUGAUUUACGAUCUCAACUUCAAUUACCUGUUACCAGAGAAGUGGAUGAUAGUUGUAUAGAAAUAGUUUUACCACCAACUUUUACUAGUUCAUCAUUGACGACUAAUAAUCAAUCAAAUGAAUUGAAUGUGUUAUUAUCUACAUCCAGUGUACUUUCUUCAUCUAUUUGUGAUGAUAAUAAAAUUCCCACUAUUGUUGAUACAAUUACUCAUAACAACAAUCACCAAGAAAAUCACCUUCAAACAAAUCAAUACAAUGACAGUCAAGUUGACUCCACUAAUACUGACGUGAAUCCUAUUAUGCAUAAUGAAUCAUCAUCGUUGUCCUCCUCCUCUUCAACAAAUUCAAUUUCAUCAAAUUGGAGACCAUUGUUGUUAUUUGUUCCACUUCGACUUGGAUUACAUAAUCCUAAUCCGUGUUAUUUUAAUGCGAUCAAAGCUAUAUUCCGUUUACCAUAUUGUAUCGGUAUAUUAGGCGGUUCACCAUGUCAUGCUGUUUGGAUUGUUGGUGUUUCUGGUGAUGAUGUUAUAUGUUUAGAUCCACAUACUACACAACCUACUGGUCGUGGUAAUUUAAAACCAGAUUAUGAUCAAACAUAUCAUUGUGAUAAUCCAAUACGUAUGCCAUUGAAACGUUUAGAUCCAAGUAUGGUUAUAGGUUUUUUAUGUUCAACUGAAAAAGAAUUUGAUCAUUUAUGUUAUGAUUUAAAACAAGAAGUAUUACAUCCAUCCGUAGCGAAUUCAUGGCCACUUAUUGAAAUUCAUACAACACGACCAAUUAAUUUACCACCACUUCCUUCAUCGAAUCUAUCGAAUGAUCUGGUACUUUCUGAAUGUCCUUCUGAUGAAGAGAAUGUUAGUAAAAAUGUCAAUAAUUCAACAACUGAUGAUCACAAUAAUAAUCAUAAUCAUAAAGAUGCUAUAGAACAUGAAGGUAAACUAAUGACUGAUGCUGUGGGUGCAGUAAAAGCUCUAUGGUCUAAAUGUAAUCAAGUAGCUGGUGAUACUGUACGUAGUUUAGCUAAUGUACCACAACGAUUGGUAAAAGGU